AUGACAAGAAAAAAAGUGAAACUUGCAUGGGUAGCCAAUGAAAACUCAAGAACAAUGAGUUUAAAGAAAAGGAGGUUAGGGAUAGUGAAAAAAGCAAGAGAGCUAACUAUAUUGUGUGAUGUAAGGGUUUGUAUUAUCAUAUUCAGCCCUAAAGAAACCGAGCCAAUAGUGUGGCCAUCUGUUGAAGCGGCUCGUGACCUUUUAUACGAUUUCUUUGCCUUACCAGAGAUUGAGAAGAAGAGGAAAGAGACGAGUCUUGAGUCAUACCUCAAAGAGAAGACAAAGAAGGUUCAAGAGCAAUUGAUGAAGAGUCGUAAGAAGAACACGGAGUAUGUGGUUGAUCAGCUGAUGGGGCAACUACAUCGUGGUCAAAGAAUUGUUAAUCUUAACUUGAGCGAGAUUUAUGAAUUGUUAUCUUUUUCAAAGGAUAAGAUCAUGUUUUACAGGAAAAAACUAGAUUUCAUGCAACAUCCACCAAUGCAUUUGUUUGAAGCGCAAUCUGAGGAGCUCAAGACCACCACAAAUGAUGUUGUCAUGAUAGGAGGUGGUCAAGGUGAUGAGAGAGCUACGAAGGCUGAUGAAGCAGUGAAAAUGAUCAUCAUUGGCACUGCAAGGGAGAAUCAAAGUCAUUACUUGAUGGAUCAAUGGUUUUUCCCAACUUUUGAACCGCCUAGCUCUCAAAUCCACCAAUCAACCGGGAUGAAAAUGACAUAUUACAGUGAAAAUCCAAUCCCUAGAAACUAUCUUCCGAAGCAAGGAAGAUAUCUUUCGUACCAAAGAACCAAUCCCUGA